AUGGCAGAUGGUUAUGCCCGAGUAACAGGACGUCCGCAAGCUAUUCUCGUGCAUGUUGAUGUUAGCACCCAAGCUCUCGGCCAGGGUAUCCAUAAUGCAAGCGUCGGUCGUGUGCUAAUCUUCAUCUUUGCAGUAUCUUUUUUCCCCGCCCAUGGCCGCUGGAAAGUGGACAGCUACACAGCCGUAACGCAGCUGGUUGAUUAUAUCAAAAGUGAUGUCUCGAUUACUACCUCACUAAAAGACCCAAAGUAUGAAGCUCGUGGUGUAGUGCGUGCCGCUGUACACAAAGCUCGUGUCGAAAAAAUUGUGUCUCAACCUCGUUUGGAUGAUGGAGAUGGACUAGAUAUACACAAUGUCGGCAGUCUAUUGAAAACAUCGGUUGCGGACUCAACGACAUUCGUCGUUGGAGCUGUCACUUUAGCAAAGGAACUCUACAAUCAAUUGCAACGUGAUCGGCCAGGAAGCUGGAUCAAUUGCGGUGGAACGGGAAUCGGAUGGAGCAAUGGUGCUAUGCUAGGCGUGAAGAUGGCGCUCGCGGACUUGGAGAGAGACGAACCCCACAGGUCGAGCUUAGUCUGCCAGGUAGUCGGCGAUGAAAGCUUUAUGUCUGCAGCGCCAUCUAGUGCACUGUGGGUUGCGAGCAAGUACGAAAUCCCAGUCUUGACUAUUGUUUUGAAUAAUGGUGGUUGGAAAGCUCCCCAAAAUUCCACCCAACUUGUCUACCCUCAUGAUCUCAACACCAAUGCGUCUGAUGAUGAGAUCAACACCUCUUUCCACCCAACACCUAACUAUGCUGCUUUGGAAGAGGCAGCAGCAGGGUCAAAUGUUGGCUGGAAAAACACUCUAGAUAACUCAGGAACAUGGGUCAAGGGCCUACGAGUAGGGGCUGUGGGGGAGUUCAGAGAAGCGCUUCAGCCUGCGAAUUUGAGGGUGGCGCAGGAGGGAAAGGGGAUGCUGAUUGAGGUUGAGGUGACAAAAUAA